AUGCUACUUCUCACAUUAAGUGACGCUCAUAUUCCAGAUCGUUCGAUUGAUUUACCUGCUAAAUUUAAAAAGCUACUUAGUGUUCCAGACAAAAUCUCACAAGUAAUCCUAUUGGGCAAUUGUACCAGAUCAUCAGAAUUUUUGAACUUUGUCAAUCAAAUAUCACCAAACGUCACCAUAAUUAGAGGUGAAUUUGAUACGGCGUUCCCGCCAAUUAUGGCAUCAUCCAAACGAGCCAAUGAAAAAGUACGUAAGGAUGAAAUACCAAUAAAUACCAUUAUUAGACAAGGUGAUUUUAAGAUUGGCUGUUGUAGUGGGUAUACUAUCGUUCCGAAGAAUGAUCCCUUAUCAUUAUUAACGUUAGCUCGUCAAUUGGAUGUGGAUAUAAUGUUAUGGGGUGGUACUCAUAAUGUGGAAGCAUACACUUUGGAGGGGAAGUUUUUUGUUAAUCCUGGAAGUUGUACUGGAGCAUUUAAUACCGAUUGGCCUGUAAUGGGAGAUUUGAGUGAUAUUGAUGUUUCCGAGAAAGUGGACUCUAAAAGAGAAGAAGUGAUGGCCGUAGAUAAGCAUGCAUUAUCUAAAAAUGAUGAAAAACAGGAAGUUGGCAAGGCAGCUACCGACAGAACCUCGGAAGCUAAUAACUCUGACGGUGUUGGAAAGGUUUUAGAUGAUACCGAAGGUAAUGCUACCAAUGAUAAAAAUAACACAAAAGAAGAAGAGCCUGAGAUUACCGAACGAGAUAUUGACUUGUCUGAAUUCGAUAUUAAUGGUUCGAAUGUUCCAAGUUUUUGCCUACUUGAUAUACAAGGGUCUGUAUGCACAUUAUAUAUUUACAUCUUUGUUAAUGGAGAUGUGAAAGUGGAUAAGGUGGUUUAUAAGAAGGAAUAG